UUCCAUCUGCGCCAUCAGUCUUUGUUAAGAGGAGCACAAAAGCUUCAGGCACGCAAUUCCACCAUCACUCUCCGGCAAAGGCUGCUUGAAAUCUCCGCUCAAUCUCCAGUUUUUAUUUUAAACAACACCGCUCGACAUGGAUCCCAACAGCAACAAGAGGAAGAACAACGCCGGCGACGGCAAAUAUCUGCCGGAGUUAUUGGCGGAGAAAGAUAGCCUGGACUCUUCAUUCACACACGCCAUGAAACUCCUAUCUGCAGAGAUUGAGAGAGUCCAGAAAGGUGAACCCAAGAAAGACUCUGAGCUGUAUCUGGAUCUGUUCGCCUCCAAGAGUGUGCGUGUGAAGGAGAGAGUGCUCAUUCCUGUGAAGCAGUAUCCCCGAUUCAACUUUGUGGGAAAGAUUCUGGGGCCACAGGGCAGCACCAUUAAACGUCUGCAGGAGGACACCGGAGCCAAGAUCUCAGUGCUAGGAAAGGGCUCCAUGAGGGAUAAGAACAAGGAAGAGGAGCUGAGGAAGGGUGGAGAUCCAAAGUAUGCACACCUGGGGAUGGAGCUGCAUGUGCACAUUGAGGUCUUUGCACCCAUUCCUGAUUGUUACCUGCGUAUGGCUCAUGCCAUGGAUGAGGUCAAGAAAUUCCUGAUGCCUGUGGAAGGUAUGGAUGAGAUGCAUCCGGAUGCUUUCAUGGAUCCAGGUUUUCUGAACGGCGCUCAGGAUAUGUCUGGUCAUGGCAGAGGCAUGCCAGGCAGAGGACGUGGUGGCCCUCCCCCAAUGGGUGCUAGGGGUCGUGGUAUGCUUCCUCGUGGAGCACCGCGUGGAGGAGCACCAAGAGGAGGUCCUGGCCGUGGAGCUGCAGCACGCGGAGCCCCAGCUGGGCGAGGAGGUCCUCAACCCCCCACCCCAACCAGAGGAGGAGCAGCAUCCCGCUCGAGACCACCAACCCAAGCUUCCAGAAUGACACCUGCAGCUGGACUCUCCCACCAACAGGCCAAACCUGAAACUUAUGGAGAAUAUGCCUAUGAAGAACCAUAUGCUGAGGCUUCCUAUGAAGGAUAUGAGAGCUACUACAGUCAGCAGCCUGCACAGCCAGAUACGGAGUAUUAUGACUACGGCCACGGAGAGGCACAAGAGAGUUACGAGUCUUACACAGAAGAUGACUGGGAAGGUGGUGCUUGGGGUGGUGCUGGUGGAAAAGCCCCUGCAGCUCGCCAAGGAAAAUCAUUUCGGGAGCACCCUUAUGGCCGAUACUGAGAGCGCUGUCGGCUCACUGCUGUUGCCUGCGCAGCCUCCUUCCCUCGUAACCUCUUGUUAUCAUCUAAAGUAAUUCUAGUUGUUAUUUUUGUAUGCUGUUUUGGUUAACACACACUCCUUUUUAAAUAUUCUGAAUCCCAAGUAGGAUGAUGACCAUUCAUAAGUUCAGUACGACACGUUUUAGACUUGCGGUUUAUAUGAUGGAUGUGCUUAGUCUCUUGGCAUUUUGUUUUGCAAUUUUAUUGUUUUCUUGCCGGUUUUGUUUUUUAUUAUUAUUUUUUUUUUAAUGGAUAAGUGUUCUUCGGAAAAAAGAAAUAAGAUACCUGCUAAGACAAUUAGCUGAUGGCCAUGUGUAAAUGACUUGCUAAAAAAGGGGAAAAAAUGCCUGUUAAUGUCACUUAUAUUCCAAACGCGCUUCAAGGCAAAACAAAAAAAAUGAAAAAUUGAAGGAUGCAUAAAAAUAUUAGUUUUCAAUUCAACUUGUUUUAAAAUUUGAGGUAAUUUCCUGUUUGAUUAUAGUCGUAAAAUUCAAACUACGCUUCUGCUGAUUCGUUUUGUUAAAUAAUAAAAUGAGCAAAACAAAUAAGGUUGUAGUUUAGCUUUACUUCAAGUCUGAAAAUCUUUGUACGUACAAUACGCAAAUAUUCAACUUGUACUUUUGGUGUUUUAGUUUUGCAGUUUCCGAAAUAUUAGCAGACUUUGUACAUUUUUGCCUAACUAGGGAUCUAAAUAUGUCCAAAAUGUGUCCCUACCAGUUUGUCAAUAAAGCAUAGUUUUUCUUUUACAGCCUUCAAAA